AUGUCUACCGUCCCCAGAUUUCUCCUGACCGUAUUAAACGUCGGCAUCCUAAUCUACGGCGUGUACCACGUGGCUGCCGCCGGCCAGCUCAGCAAGGCCUCAUCGUUAAACGAAUGCCUUCGUGACAGCUCAGCCUCUAUCCGGCGGCUUGGCGUUCUGUGGUCGGUGAUCGCCGCCGUCGGGAUCGCCGGAGCUUGGUCGGACGUGAAGGCUUUGCAGUACAUUUACGUUUUUGCCCUCGUCUUCUCGACAGCGGCCGCCGUCUUUUUUUCCCUGUUUGUGUGGUCGGCGAUGCCGAAGACAAACGCCGACGAGGUGUUCUACAGGACGUCGGUGCACGGGAAUUGGCUGGACGAGUACUCGACGGCCGCGCAAAAGGGCAUAGCCAACGAUCGAGACUUCACGGCCGCCACGGAUUGUCUCGACCGGACCGAAUCGUGCCGGGCCAUGCGGAACAUGACGGAGGAUCAAAAAGCCGUUUUCAUGGAUUUUGGUUGCUGCAGCCCUCCAAAUCGGUGCGGUUUGCUGCAAGACCAUAAGGGCCGUUGGGUUGUGGCUCCGUACGGGCUCAACUCCACGGACGACGAGUGCCAAAUGUGGGCCAAAGUGGGCGGGGAGUGCUUCGAAUGCGACUCGUGCAAGGCCGGCUAUUUGGGUAAUUAUCAGAGGCAAUGGGACAAUAACAUGAACACACGGGUCAAGUCAAUUCUCGUGCUAGUGGCUGCGUCGGCACUCGCUUACUACAUUUUCAUCGACGAGCCUUAUAGGGAAGGUAUUAAGGAACAAAAGCGUGGGAAGUUCCUUAGCAUUAAUGUUUAA